AUGGUGUUCGGCCGGAGUAAAUCAUCUUCGUCGACGACGCCGUCCGCGCCCUCAAAGGCGGCGGCCGCGUGCUCCGAGCUGCGCACCGCGUACCACGAGUGCUUCAACCGGUGGUAUUCGGAGAAGUUCGCCAAGGGGCAGUGGCAGAGGGACGACUGCGCCGACCACUGGCACAAGUACCGCGCCUGCCUCGAGGAACAUCUGGAAGACAAACAUCUGAGGCAAAUCCUACUGGAUGCAGAAACUUCCGCAUUUUAUGCCAGGCCUGAGGCUGACCCUCCCUCAGGACAAGGAACUACAAAAUGA